AUGGAGGUGCUGCUAUUGCUGGAGGUACUAGAGGUACUGCUGGUGCUGGAGGUGCUGGAGGUACUGCUGGAGGUGCUGCUGGUCCUGGAGGUACUAGAGGUGCUGCUGGUGCUGGAGGUGCUGGAGCUGCUAAUCCUGGAGGUCCUGGAGGUGCUGCUAGUGCUGGAGGUGUCGGAGCUCCUAGUCCUGGAGGUGCUACUAGUGCUGGAGAUGCUGGAGCUGCUAGUCCUGGAGGUCCAACUGGUGCUGGAGGUGCUUGUGCUGCUGGUGCUGGAGGCGCUGGGGCUAGAGGUACUGGAGGUGCUAGAGCUGCUGGUCCUGGAGGUGCUCGUACUGGAGGUACUGGAGCUGCCGGAGCUGGUGGUGCUUCUGCUGUUGGAGGUGCUACUGGUGCUGGAGGCGCUGGAGCUGGAGGUACUAGAGGUGCUGGAGCUGCCGGAGCAGGUGGUGGUGGUGGUGUUGGAGGUGCUGGAGGUGCUAUUGGAGCUGCUAGCACUGGAGGUGCUGGAGGUACUGCUGGUGCUGGAGGCGCUGGAGCUGGAGGUACUAGAGUGGUAG